AUGUCGAUGUCCGUACGCUCGUUGCUGGUCGAGACCUGGAUUGAAUAUGGCUUCUCCACCAUCAUGAUCGCCAUGCGCCUCUUCACCCGCUUCAAGAUGGUCGGCGGCCGUCUGCAGAAGGACGACUACCUGAUGAUUCUCGCUUGGGCCUUCUUCACCACCAUGUCCGUGUGCGCCCACAUUGUCAGUCUCAACGGGGACAACAGAGCCAUGACCAACGAACAGCGCCUUCAGCUGCCCGCCGCCGAGCGCGACGCCAAGAUCCUGGGCUCCAAGUUCUUCCUCACAGGCCACCUUACCUACGUGUCGACAAUCUGGACGCUGAAGCUCUGCAUGCUGCUCUUCUUCGCGCGCCUGACCAGGGGUCUCUCCGCCGAGAAGUUUGUCAAGCCGGCCAUCGGCGUCGUGGGGGUCACUUGGCUGGCCGAGUUUCUCACCGUUCUCCUCACCUGCCGCCCGGUGCAAAGGAACUGGCAGAUCUACCCAGACCCCGGAAAGCUCUGCACGCACGAGAGCGCCGUGUGGUACAUUGUCCAAGUCAUCUUCAACGUCCUGACCGACGCCGUCAUCGUCCCGAUCCCUAUGCCGCUCGUCAUCAAGGCCAAGGUGUCGACGGCGAAGAAGCUUGGGCUGGUGGUCCUGCUUGGUGCCGGCAUCUUCGUCAUGGUGGCUGCGACCCUGCGCGUGGUCUUCGUGUUGACUAAUGCGGCGCCAUCGGAACCGGCCAUCUGGGCGAUGCGCGAAUGCUUCGUGGCAACCUUCGUCGGAAACGCGCCCAUGAUCCGGCCCAUGUUCACCAGGAAGUUCUACCAGGGCGGUUACGACGACAACGACAUGUCGCACGGAUACACGAACGGAUCGGUGCCGCUGGACGCGUACGGGACGAGCGGCAGCAAGAACGCCACCAGCAGGAUGUUUGGGUCCAAGGCGGGCACCAACAUCGACGUCGAGAGCGACAGCACCGAGAACAUCAUCGAGUCGACGUCGGGGAACAAGUUCGACCACACGCCCAACUUUGGCAUUCGCGUGCAGCACUCGGUGGCCGUGUCGUCACACAGCAACGUUCCGUCAACAUUUGGAGACGAAGACCGCAAGCACUGGUCGCCGACGUAG